GAGUUUCGUCUACCAGGAAACGGGUUGUGGUGACUUCAGAAUCCCCCUGUAGACUCUUUGUUGACGGUGCGAAAGAAGUACGAAGUAGCUAGCUAAUAGCUAUUGUGUCAGACGGAAAUUUUAAGGGAAAUAUUUGUAAAGUUUUGAACUCGACAACCUCAAGCUUCAGCAUGUCGCUGUAUCCAUCCCUAGAGGAUCUGAAGGUGGACAAAGUCAUUAAGGCCCAGGCCCAAUUUGUCCAGACCACCUCUACCUUCCCAGCCAUCGCAGAGGGGACCUACCCCGAGGGGACCUACCAGCCCCAGCCGGCAGCUGGCCUUGAGGCUCCAGGAUCAAGCCUCUACCCUAACCUGGUGGAGUUGGGGGAGUACAUGGGCCUCAGCCUCAACAGUGACGAGGUCCAGAGGAACAUGGCCCUGGUGCCCGUGGGCGACAAUCAGGUGUCCCUGUCCCCGGGGCUGGGGGGCAUGCUGGGGGGCAUGGUGCGCCCGGUGACGGGGGCAGACCUGGGGGUGAGGCGUGCUGAGAUCCGUCCUGGUCUGAGAGAGGUGGUGCUCUGUAAGGACCAGGAGGGCAGGGUGGGGCUCCGGCUCAGGGCCAUCGACAACGGUGUGUUCAUCCAGCUGGUCCAGGGGAACUCUCCUGCAGCUCUGGCAGGGCUGCGUUUUGGGGACCAGGUUCUCCAGAUCAACGGUCAGAACUGUGCUGGCUGGAGUCUGGACAAGGCCCACAAGGCCCUGAAGGCCGCAGCCGAGCACCGCAUCGAGCUCAUCGUCAGGGACAGGCCGUUUCAGCGCACCGUCACCAUGCACAAGGACAGCUCCGGACACGUGGGGUUUGUGUUCAAGUCUGGGAAGAUCACCUCGCUGGUGAAGGACGGCUCGGCCGCGCGGAACGGCCUCCUGACCGACCACUACAUCUGUGAGAUCAACGGGCAGAACGUCAUCGGGCUCAAGGACGCCCAGAUCAAGGACAUCCUCACGACUUCUCCCACCACCAUGACCAUCACCAUCAUGCCCAAGUUCAUCUAUGAACACAUGAUCAAGAGGAUGUCCAGUGGUCUCCUGCGUUCAGCCAUGGACCACUCUGUUCCAGAGGUGUGAUGAAGACCAGGACCACAACCCUUCAUCAGGAUGCCUCACUCCUUCUCUCGUCUCUUCUCCUCUCUUCCCCUCCUUCUCUCCUCUCCUUCUCUCCUCUCCUCUCCUUCUCUCCUCUCCUCUCCUUCUCUCCUCUCCUCUCCUCUCCUUCUCUCUGUCUGACUGGAUCUCUGUCUCAGCUCAGCUGUUUUCUCACCUGUCAGGGUGAACUCUCUCUAAAACCCUCUAUCACACAAUCAUCGCCAUAUUCAUCAUCGCCUGCUUGUCGUUAACAUGAUCUAAGAUGCCUUUUCUUCUGUGGUUCAGAAACAUCAGCAUGUUCUUAUCCGCUGUACUGUAGUUAUUUUCUACUCUCUGUCUUUUUUGUUUGAGUUUUUAUGACAACAUGUUUAUGCUCUUUUAUACACGAUAACCAUGUAGUUCUACUUCCUGUUGUUCCCUACGUGACGUCGAGUCCGGCUGGGUUUCUAAGACACGAGUCACUCUCUUCCUCCCACUCCUGCAGAACGGCCCGACCUUUCACCUUUCUGUGUUCAGAUGCUGUAGAGUCGAUCUCCAUGGCGAUACAGAACCCUCAGAUGCUGUAGAGUCGAUCUCCAUGGCGAUACAGAACCCUCAGAUGCUGUAGAGUCUAUCUCCAUGGCGAUACAGAACCCUCAGGUGCUGUAGAGUCUAUCUCCAUGGCGAUACAGAACCCUCAGAUGCUGUAGAGUCUAUCUCCAUGGCGAUACAGAACCCUCAGAUGCUGUAGAGUCUAUCUCCAUGGCGAUAAAGAACCCUCAGAUGCUGUAGAGUCUAUCUCCAUGGCGAUACAGAACCCUCAGGGGUUCUGGCUUCGUCCUCCUUCCCUAAGCCCCGCCCCCUCGAAGGUGUCACAUGAUGCCCCUUAGUGCACUUCCUUAUUAAAGUCUUUCCUGUCAUUUCAACUUGUUGUUAGUGUGGACGUGGCCCCAGGUGACUGAGGAACAGUUAGGAUGUAACACCUGACUUCACUCUUGGGUUGGAAUUGUUUGAUGCACAAAAAUAAUCGUAAAAAUGGAAGUUGUUUACUGACUAACACACCACGGGUUCAGUCAGCCUGUUGCAUUCUGGGGGAUUUUGAUGUGAUUACAAGAGAACUUCCCUCUAAUCAUUGAUUGAUUCGUGAGAAGGAAAGGAAAAGUCUGGAUAUUAAUCAGUGGAUUUGUCUUCUUGAAAUGACAAUGUUGUCGUUCCUGUUCCAGCUGUUCAUGUGGGUCCUACACAUCUUUUUAUGGUUUAGAAAUGUAGUCUUUGAUAAACGUCACAACCGUCAUCCUGUAAAUGCUAAAGGAAUCUGAAAGUUUAUAUACGAAUGUAACCAAGAUAAUUAUUGUAAGACAAAUAAAAUGAUCUUUGCGGUUCA